AUGGAGGAUCAGGUGGAGCGUCUGCUGAGGCGGUCAGGGGUCAGAGUCACCAGCUGUGAUGUCGGUCUGGAACAAAGCAAACCAAGUACUCUGAGGAAGAACGGAACCUACAUCGUCUGUGGCGUCAUCUUCAACGACAAGGACGAGGUGCUGAUGGUUCAGGAGGCCAAGCAGGACUGUUACAAGCAGUGGUACCCUGCCUGCUGGGAGGGUGGAGGUGGGGAGAGUCUGGAGGAGGCGCUCAGGAGGGAGGUGAAGGAGGAGGCGGGGUUUGACUGUGAGCCAAUCAGCUUGCUGCUGAUCCAGGAACAGGACCGGCAGUGGAUCCGCUUCAUCUUCCUGGCCAAGAUCACAGGUGGGAGUCUGAAGGGUUUGGCGGCAGCAGAUCAGGAGUCUCUGCAGGCGUCCUGGUGGGACCGACGCUCCGCCCUCCAGCUGCGAGGACGAGACAUCCUCCGCCUCAUCGACAACGGACUCAAGUACCGUCAGGAUCCCUGGCACCCCACCACGCUGCCCCAAGACCUGAGCUGCCGUCACGUCGUUCAGAGACUCGUCCUGGUGUUUGUUGGAGCUGAGGAUCAGAUCUGGAUCCUGCUGGUUAAAGCUCCAGAGCUCCACCUCCCCACGGCCGGCCUUGAAGCCCACGCUGUCACCUGGGCGGCCAACAUGGUGGUGCAGGAAGCCAUGCCGUCAGCGUACUACAACCACGACGUCAACACGCUGGGCGUCUUCAGCCUGCAGCACAACGGCCGGCAGCACGGCCGGACGGACGGUGUCUGCUUCAACACGCUGGUGGCGCUGGUUCCCGACCACGUGCAGCGCGACGAGGACGGACGGAAGCUGGCGCCUCCGUCGGCCGAUCGACCUCCACCGGUGGAGGAACCAGCGCUAUGUUGGUUCCAAGUCCAGAAACAGACGCUGAGAGAGAAACUGCUGGAGAAAACCAAAAACACGUCACUGCUGCCAAUCCACAGCCUGUACUUGAAAACACAGGACUCUUACUGUGAAAGGAACUGUUUUAUUCUGAAAGACUAGUUGUGCAAUUGCAGCAAUAGAAUAUUAAACGGAAUGACUUGUCAGGGAUUAUGAACCACCUCCAGGAGUGGAGGUUAACGGCGUACUGUUUAGCUGAACAUUUAUUGUAAGAUUCAUCCUCCAGCUCACGGCCCAGAACUUCUAGAGGGACCUGAAUUAUUUUAUUUUGUUGUUUUAUUAACCAGCUUCUAUGUAUUGUUUGUUUCAGCUGUUUAAUGUUGUUUAAUGUCAUUCCACCAUAGAGGAGCUGCAGCCAACAGUUCUGUUGUUUCAGACACUAAUAUUUAAAACCACGCAGUAACUGUUAGAUGUAGCACAGAAAUGUGUCACUUUACUUUAAACAGCUUUUCAAUUAGCAGCAGCUACAAAACAGUUGAACGCUAAAAUGUGGUGCGUUUCCUUGCGUAUGACAUCAUUGUUCUGAUAAACACAGCAUCAUGUCCAAGUCUGGAUGAACCUUCUGUGAGCAGCUCAGUGAGUAAAAAUGAACUGAUCUCUGAAAGUAAA